CUUGUUCAUGUCUCGUUGAAUCGAAUAGAAUCAUUUGUGGUCUUGGUGGCUGCUGCAUACACUGAGUCGAUCCAUUCGUGCUGCUGCUGCAUUACAUGGAGAAUUCCUGCCUGCAGCUAGUGUCCACCGGCAGGAAGGAAAUUCAGUAAAGCUGCCGCGCGCAUAAGGUUAGUGUAUGCGCACCAGCUUACAUCGGUUAGGUUGUGGCAGCAGUGCAAGGCCACACGGUUUGUUUGUUCCAUCAUCCUACCUCUACUCUACCUGAUGAUGCUCUGUGUUUGUUCAAGUCUCUAUAUAUACAUAUAUAAAACCCGAGAGGGAGCCAGGGAGGGCCUGCCUGUCACUAGCUGGUAGACACCAACAAGCACAAGCUGAAUGCCCAGUGAAGUGAAGUGAGGUCGAGCUAGAGAGAAUGUAUCCGCAGCAUCACUGGGGGCUAGCAGGCAGCCAUGGUCAUCAUGAGGCCAACUGUGAUUCCAAUGCCAUCCUCUCCUAUCGACCAGACACCUUGCUUGCCAACCUUGCCGACGGAGGUGCGUCGUUCCUGCCAUCGCCGCCGCCGUCGGGCUACAUGCUCCCUCUCCCUCCCCUUGUACCCGGCCAGCUGCAGAUGUCCCCGGCGUCGUCCGGCCUGGCCGCUGCAACGUCUCCGUUCCGCCGCGCCAUGAGCACGGGAGACCUCCUCAUCAGGGACAGGGACAGGGACGACAGGGAGGAAGAGCAACGGGUGGCGGCGGCGGCGGCGCCGGGGAGGUACAGCGCGGAGGAGCGGCGGGAGCGCAUCGACAAGUACCGGAGCAAGCGCAACCAGCGCAACUUCCAAAAGAAGAUCACGUAUGCUUGCCGGAAGACUCUUGCCGACAGCCGGCCCAGGGUGAAGGGCCGCUUCGCGCGCAACGCCGGCGAUGGCACGGAGGCGGAUCUCCAACCCGCCGCCGCAGCAGCAGCGCCGCCUCAGUCAGAGUCAGAGUCGGAGUGGUGGCCGGCAGCGCAGCAUGAAGCCGGCAUGGACCUAGACGAGGACAUGCUUGCCGCUUAUUACCUUGGCGUCUCCUCCAUCAGCCUCUACUCCCCCUCGGCCUCUACUACUCUGCCUCACCAUCACUACAGCUACCAGCCCUAGAUCGACGCUUUGCAACGAUUAAUUACUUCUCAUUAAUUAAGUUCCUGAUGGAUGUGCC